AUGGGUGUAAUAACUUACAACUAGAAGGCUGAGUUAAAAAAGUAUGUGAUCGUUGAAGGAUCUUAGCUUGAUACUAGGGAAUUGAACGAGUUUUAUUAAAAACUAAUUGAGACAAAGAACUAUCCUCAUAGGCAGUUGCUUAUUCAUGAGACUUUGAGAAGAUUUAAUUUAAAAUUUCAGAAAAAUCCAUCACGCAGUAAUAGUUUGGAUAAAAUAAAUAGAAAUGAAGAGGCUAAAUAAACCAGUUUUACACUCAAUAGCUUCAACCCUUAUCUAGAUGAAAGAUAGAGUCCAAAUCAGUCUCUAAGGUCAGUUGGAUCUGAAAUAGAAUCCCAAUUCAGUUACGAGUAAUAACAAUCUAAAUCGUCAAAAAGAAAGAGAGCGUCACCAACACUCAGGACUAAUAGAAAUGAUCUUCAAUAAUCACCUGUCAGAGGAGAUUCAUCAUUCAGAGUAGAGGAAGUAAAUUCAAAUUUCUGA